AUGGCCUCGGAAACAUCCUCUUCUCAAAAGCAGUUUUACAGUACCUCCUCUCCGUGGGAAGCCAAGUUCGGUUACUAUCGCGCCGUGCGACAUGGCCGCCACAUCUUCGUGUCUGGCUCAACUGCGGCAGACCCAAACUCCCCGCCUGAGGCACCUCGAGUCCGUUUCCCUGGAGAUGCGCGCCAGCAAACGCGGAUCACGCUGGAAGAGAUCAUUCAAGCUAUCCAGGCUGUAGGUGGCCGAGGUGCAGAAAGCGUAGUUCGGUGCCGGAUGUUUGUGAGUCGGAAAGAAGAUUGCGGCAUCGUUGGAGAAGCCUUCCGGGAGGUUCUGGGCAAGCAUAACGGGGGCCAAGUUGGCGCCGCCGCUACUAUGAUUGUGGUGGCCAACAGCUUCGUCGAUGAUGAUAUGCUGGUUGAAAUUGAGGUUGAUGCAAUUACAGAGGAGGAUUAA